AUGUCGAGCACCAUCGAAAAACCACAACUUCGCCGCCUGCCGAAGGAUAGCAACUCUCCAGACAUCAUGUCAGUUAUCAGAGCCGACGGGGGUGUCAUCAUCCGAAACUUCCUUUCUCAGGACCAACCCCAGCGCUUCAACAUCGAAAUCGACCACGAAAUCGCGCAGCUGAAUGCGGGUUCCACGCACACCGAUGAGUUUAUCUCCAAGUUCCACGGCAUCAACACCAAACGGCUCACAAACUUGGUGACGCUGAGCCAAACCUUCCGCGAAGAGCUAAUGGACAGUGAUUUGGUCCAUGCCAUUGCUGAAAAGGUGUUCCUGGAGGAAUCCAAGAGCUACUGGAUGACCACCGCGCAGGUCAUUGAGAUUGGCCCCGGCAACGCCGCAAAGCCUCUCCAUCGGGACCUGGAAAAUGACUACCCGUUCAUAGCCAUGGGUCCCGCGGGCCCGGAGGUAUCCCUCAACUUUCUCAUUGUGCUUUCGGAUUUUAGCGAGGAGAACGGGGCUACGAGGGUCAUUCCGGGCAGCAAACAUUGGCUUGACUUCAACGACCGCGGGACACCCGAAAUGACCAUCCCGGCGGAGAUGAGCGCGGGCGAUGUGCUCUUGAUUUCAGGAAAGGUGGUCCAUGGCGGCGGCCCUAACCAGACGCCCAACACCAGCCGCCGGGGGGUUGCGUUCACGCUCCAACCAGGCUACUUGACGCCGGAAGAGGCCUAUCCAUUCUUGAUUAAAAUGGACCUGGUAAAGAAGCUGAGUCCACGGGCACAGAAGAUGAUAGGGUUUCGGAGCCAGUGCCCCAAAGGGAGGCCCAGGCUUGUGGCAGAUUGA